UCGUACCCGAAAAAUGAAAAGAAACAAAACCAAAAAGGUGCAGUGCAGGACUCUCUAUCCUCAGUUCCUCGUUCUUCGUAGUAGGCCAUGAAUCAAAUUCAACCUCUGCAAUUAGGGUUCAAAACAUUUCUCAGUCUCACCCGCUUUGCAGUAGCUCCAAGGAAUUUGAGAACUGGAGCAUUGGCUUCUCUUACUAGAUUACGAGCAACUCAAGGAGUGGCUAGAAGACCCGUUUCCGCUAAAACAACAAAGCCCAUGUUUGAGGAAAAUAAGAAGGAUAAGACAUUCAAAGAAUCAAUGGGUACAAACCCAAGCCCUCAUAAACCUAUUGUCAAGGAUGAUGGUGCUGAAAGCAAUGUGGUUGAGAUUGAGAGUUUUAAGAAUGAGCCUGCGAGAAUCGAGGCAAUGACGGUUCAACAACUCAGAACAACACUGAGAAAUGCUGGGGUUUCUGCCAAAGGCCGUAAAUUUGAACUUGUGGCUGCCUUGAAGUGCUUUUUGGAAAAGAAGAAAGAUGGUGAAGGUUCCCUGGUAAUAGAAGAACAAGUAGCCUCCACUUGUGUUGAAAAUGCAUCAGAGAAAACUGAGGCUGAAACAUCAUCUGAUGGAGACCAAGUUCAGAAUGUCCCUGUUUCGGAGGUUGGUGAACUUCAACGUUACAAGAGAAGGUUAAACCAUUCGUCAGUUAAGAGUGAAACUGUGAUAGGCUAUAGCAAGGUUGCAACGAAAAAGGAGAAGUUGUCAAUUGAGUCAGAAGACCUUUCAGGUCACAAGCUCUCAAGGACAAGAAAGAAAACAUCUUCAGAAACUAUCAAUUUUGAUGUCAAAACUGAUGAUAAAGUAGCUGAGCCAUGGACAGUUCUUGCGCAUAAGAAACCUCAGAAAGAUUGGAUUCCUUAUAAUCCUAGAACCAUGAAACUUCCACCGCUUGCUAAGGAUACUAAAUUUUUGAAGCUUAUGUCUUGGAAUGUCAAUGGUUUAAGGGCAUUAUUGAAGUUAGAGGGAUUCUCUGCUUUGCAGCUAGCCCAAAGGGAAGAUUUUGAUGUACUGUGUUUGCAGGAGACCAAACUGCAGGAGAAGGAUGUUGAAGAUGUGAAAAGGUCUCUGAUAGAUGGGUAUGAGAAUAGCUUCUGGACAUGUAGUGUUUCCAAGCUUGGUUAUUCAGGAACUGCAAUUAUUUCAAGGGUAUACUGUCUUUCUUCAUGAUGACAAUAAAGCCUAUCAGAUCAUGAUAGUGAGGGGCGGAUUAUAACAGCAGAGUUUGAUUCAUUUUAUCUGGUAACUGGAUAUGUUCCUAAUUCUGGAGAUGGUUUGAGAAGACUGUCAUACAGGAUUAAUGAAUGGGAUCCAUCUCUCAGCAAUUACAUGAAAGAGCUGGAAAAGUCAAAACCUGUCAUUUUAACAGGUGAUCUGAAUUGUGCUCAUCAAGAGAUAGAUAUUUAUAACCCAGCUGGAAACAAAAGAAGUGCUGGGUUUACAGAUGAAGAAAGGCAAUCCUUUGGUUCAAACUUCUUAUCCAGGGGAUUUGUGGAUAGCUUUAGAAGGCAACACCCUGGUGUUGUUGGCUAUACUUACUGGGGUUAUCGACAUGGUGGACGCAAAUUUAAUAGAGGCUGGCGGCUUGACUACUUCCUCGUCUCGGAAUCCAUAGCUGACAAGGUUCAUGACUCAUACAUUCUGCCGGAUAUAACUGGCAGCGAUCAUUGUCCUAUAGGCCUUGUACUUAAGCUGUAGGUAUGGUAAAAUCAAAACCAAUUUUGUAUGUCUACCUAAAAUAGGAGCGUGCAAGUUUAGAGGUGGAAAUUUUGUAGUGCCUUCACCUGUAAGCUAUUUUUGUGUGUGUUCUAAUAUAAUGACCAGGUUAUUUGUGCUCAAUUUGGGUCAUUAUUAUAUUAUGUCUCCUUUAUGAAGAAGCAAUGAUUUUAAUUCCCCACGAUGGAUUUAUAUAUGAUAAUUUGAAUAUUCUGGAGCUGU